AUGGCGGCCCCCAGCAGCGCCAAGCACACCUCACCAACGCUCUACACGCGCCUUGCGUCGUUUGAACUCAUCCGGAAAGCCCUGGUCUUCGCGCCGCCGCUGCUUGUGUUUCUCCUCUCGCUCUAUUUCAGAAGGCAAUUCCAGUUGUGGCGCGGGAAGAUCGGUCUCGAGAUCGGGGUUUAG